AUUUGUUGAAUUCUGUGGGAUGGUCGGGUUGGGUUGGAUUAAUAAAAUUCAUAGCCGGGUCAGAGUAGUUAUCGCUUUGGAAAACCGACGGUGGAUUCCGCCACAAGGAAACUCAGAAACGACUGGCUUCUCCUCCUCGUCUUUUUCUCCAUUUCCCCUUUAAAUUCAUAAUUUUUUGAUCCCUCUCUGGAGAUUUGAGAUACCAGAUAAAAAACUGUUCUAGUUCGAAACAAAUGUCGAGCUGUGUAUAUUGCGGAUGCAGGCCCAUGAUUUCCGUGAAAUUGGUUGAGAAAAGUAGUGGGUUCGUGGUGCCACAGAGAGGGCUGGCAACUGGCGGCGCCCUGAUGAAUCAGCGGAGAAGUAGGGUUCUUCGGGCUUCAAUGGUGGAGAGCUCCUCCAAUUUCAUUAAGCGCAUGGAGACGGCUUGGUUAAUCUCUCAGCAACCAAGGCCCAUUGUUUGCACUACCUGUGACUCGAAUGGGCAUGUUGAGUGCAAAUGGUGUGGCGGCACUGGCUUCUUCAUUCUCGGUGAUAACAUGCUUUGCCAAGUCCCCUCCAGAAACACUAGCUGUGUUAUUUGCGCUGGAAAGGGGACGACAUGCUGCGUGGAUUGUAAGGGAACUGGCUAUCGUGCUAGGUGGUUGGAACAGCCUCCCAUUCCCAGGCGCUAGAUCAGUAGUACCCUACUACUAGCUUCUAAGAAAUGGUUAUAGUUUCGCUAAGCUUGUACCAUCCUGCUGCUUCUCUUGAUCUACUACUACUAAUUCACACUUUCCUUGUACCAACCAUUCCGGCUCUCUUGAGUCUUCACCUACUAAUUAAUUUUUUUGGGGGUCCUGUAUUUUCAUUUCAUGCUCAAGUUAUCUUUUUCUUUUUUCCAUUUUUUUUCUUUUUAAAUUACGGAUUACUUGUAUUCAUGGUUCUUCAAUUGAUAUUUAAAUACUGGGCAUAUGCUGCUUUCUUUUUU